GGCCACCUCCCACCCACACCACCCACACACAUGGGCGGUGCCUUUGUCAUCAACGUCCGAUGCUGACGUUUGGGUGAAGUGACCGCACAUUUGUCACUUGGAAGACCCCCCCCCCGUCUUCAUCUCUGCCAUACGAAGGAGGGCCUCUUUCCUCGGGAGUUGCUUUCACUGUUGCCGCGCCGCCACCAUGCGAGAUUGGACGUCCAUCCCACGAAAGAAUUGGCGCGGUGGUGGCGGCGCUUGGCCACGCCUGCUGGGCGAACCGUCGCCAGCGCCUUCCCCCGGCGGCCCCAUCGCCCGGGUCGCCACGCGGCCGGGCAGCGUGACGUUGAGGCGCGCCGAGGCGUGCCAAUGCUUCCGGCUCAUCCACGUGCAUGCCGGAGGGAGGUCCUCCUACCUCAAGGACACCGUCGCCUCCGUGUCCGCCAUGGUGCACAGCGUCGGCUCGGGGCUCCAGCGGCAGAUUUUCAGCUCGCGUCGGGAAUCGCGGCGCGCUGCGGAAACGGAGGAAGAUGAGGAGGAGGAGGCGGCGGUGAGGACGGCAUUGACAAUGGUGGGCCGAUCGCCAGCCUCCCGCGAGAAUACGAACACGUCAGUGGAGGCGGCCACGGUGGUGGAGGUUGGCCGUGUCUACCAUGCGAGCGUCGCUUCGUCUGGCGGAGACGUGGACCAGGCCAGGCCCGGCGCGACACCGAUGAAUCCUUUUCCAACGAGCGAGAUGCCCAGCGGGAAACUGGACCCGGUUGAGCCUGCGGCCCCAACCAGUGGGCCUGAGGGCCGCCGAGUUGCGGCGGAUGACGUAUCUGUGAGCACGGGAUCCGGUCUCUUCCACAUUAGCUAUUUCACCACAAAUUUUGGCGAGACUUACCAGUACCUGGCGAGGCACGUCAACGAUUACUUCUGGGGAGACGGGCGGGUCCCAGCGGGGUCCCCACCCGCAGUGCCGGUGCCAGCGACAGAGGGCCCGGUUUCCCAGCGGGUGGUGAGGUCCCACUUCAGAACCGGGGAGUUCAGCCGAUACAGAAAUUUAAUUUCGUUCACAUUUUACAGAAACCUGAGCUCAGAAAAGGGUUCCGGCGCCGUAAUGGCACCGGUCGCCGCAGCAACUCCGACCUCUGACCCCAGCAGAGCGGAGGGGACUGCGGAUGUUCGCUCAGAGGUGGCGGGGAGAGGAUUGCAGCUCCAGGCCGGCGCGUCGCUCACAGCUGCCUCGGCUGCCCCUUCUGCACUGGAGUCCGCCAAGCCGGCUCCUGGGACGAUCGCCCCGCGUGCCACGGAGGAGAAGGGCCGCAGAAUCAGCCUCCAGCGUGAGAAGAUUGUGGCGCGGGUGAGCGUGGACAACAGGACGCGCACCCUGGUGCGUGCCUUGCGACGGCCUCUCUCCUGCGGCACGCACCUCUCCGCCGUGGGGGACCUGUGUGAUCACUUGCUGCAGUUUGGAGACACGGCCAGUGUCGCCGUCAAGGAGGGAGCCGUGCAGUCCCUGCUGCGCCUGCUGCAGCCUGCGGAGCCCCCGCUGCAGGCAUGUGUGCGCGAGGCGCUGACGCUGCUAGGCUACACGGAGCCCGUGCGCGGUCACGGCAUCCGCAUCCUCUCCAUCGACGGCGGCGGCACCAGGGGCCUGGUCGCCUUGGAAACCCUGCAGGCACUCACCAGGUUGACUGGGAAACGAGUCCACGAAAUGUUUGACUACGUCUGCGGGGUCAGCACAGGCGGCGUGCUGGCGGUGAUGCUGGGCGUGUUCCGGAUUCCUCUGCCCGAGUGCUACGAGCUGUACCGCCGUCUCGGCACGGACAUCUUCACGCGGAACGUGCUGCUCGGCACCGUCAAGAUGGGCUGGAACCACGCCUUCUACGACAGCCACGACUGGGAGAGGCUACUGAGGGAGAAGAUGGGUGACAGCCUGAUGAUCGAGGUGUCCCGGGAUCCCAUGUGCCCCAAGGUGUCGGUGGUGAGCACGCUGGUGAACCGCGGCACACCGCUAAAGGCGUUCGUAUUCCGGAGCUACAACCUGGCCCCGGGCUCCCGCUCGCACUACAUGGGCAGCUGCCGCCACCGCCUGUGGGAGGCGCUGAGAGCGUCGUCCGCGGCACCGGGAUACUUCCAGGAGUUUCAGCUCGGGGAGGACCUGCACCAGGAUGGGGGGAUCCUACUUAACAACCCUUCGGCGCUGGCGAUGCACGAGGCCCAGCUGCUGUGGCCCGGCUCCCACCUGCAGUGCCUCGUCUCGCUGGGCACGGGACGGCACGAGCCGUCAGGCCAUGUGCCUCCGCUCACGCACACCAGCCUGCGCACCAAGCUCAUGCACAUCAUCAGCAGCGCCACCGACACGGAAGAGGUGCACACCAUACUGGACGGGCUGCUUCCCGCCGGCACCUACUUCCGCUUCAACCCCUUCAUCUCAGCGGAUGUUCAGCUGGAUGAGAGCCGGACGGAACGCCUGGAGCUACUCCGCACGGACGCCCAGCAGUACCUGCAGCGCAACGGCCCCAAGCUGCAACGCGCCACCCGCCAACUGGAGCGAUCUCGAUCAUCGACGCAGCGCGUGGUUGACGCCGCCAGGCUGCAGAUGAAAAUGUCAGGCGUGGAUUGGCCCUCCUUCAAUCUGUAGCAAGCGAGGUGUCACCAUUGCUGAGUUGGUUCAGCCAGUGAGCUUAUUUACCAGGUCACCGUGCGUGAGAGACCUGAUCCUGUCGGAUCUCAGAAGCUAAGCUGCGUCGAUUAGUUGGUUCGUCUUUGCAUUGUAGACCUGGGCUUUAAAGUGGCCAAGAGACAUCGGUACGGAAAUGGAUUAUUGGUUAUUCAAUCUAUCUGUGCAUAGCUUCGAGUGUUUACCCCCCACUCUGUACACGUGGGUUUUCUGCGAGUAACUCCUCUUCACCCAAACGUCACCCAUUCGUCAAGCAAAUUUGCAAAAUAUCCCAACGUAGGGCGCUCCUAAAAAAGAGUCAACUCAGUGAGGAUUACUUGAUGAAGGGCGUUACAGUAUUAUUCUUCGUUCAUGUAUGCUGGUGAUUGGUGCUCAACCUGGCUAAAACAAUAAUAAUUUAAAUGUAUAAAGCGCCCUGAAACAAUCGUUCUCAGGGCGCACCCAGGAAACUAUUAUAUCCCUUACCGAGGCAGUUGAUGCGAGGGUGGGAUGCUCGCAUCUGUGUCUUCACAACUCGGGAGAGUGAGACGUGCACAAUCAUGGAGAGAUCAUAUAUGAUCGUAUUUAAUAAGAUAAAAAUGCACAAAGUGUUCUUAUAUAUUUAAUUGCACCUAGAAUUGUUUGGGUGCAAUUGGCUUGGUUACCUAAAUCAGUCUUGAGUGAAUAUAUUCCAUUUAUUUACAGUUGAAAUUAACACGAUUUAAAGGUUAAUAUUCACUGAAGUGUUUUUAUUCAAUGGCUACUGGACUUAAGUGUGUUUUGCAUAAGGCUUUACAACAUGGCAUAGACAAUUUCAGCAUGAACGCUUACAUCACUCUUUAAAUAUUUGAAAACAACAGUAAACAUUCCUGUUGAACCAUCAAAUCUGUGCAUGCCACUUUGCAUAGCCAUGUGCGAACACAGUAUUAUUGUUUAAGAUUUUGUUUUGGAGAAAACACAAUUGAAUAUACUUAAAUAUGUUUCAUGUUGUUUAACCUAUUGGGAACCUUUUGAGGUGAAUUAUCGCCUAUUUAUCUAAUUUACUCAGACAGGUAAUACCUCUUAUAUGGGUAUUUUACAGUUGCUUUGAUGCCAGACAAUAUUCAUCAAUCGCAGGGAGCACCCAACUUUAAAGUGAGUAUCCAGGCAUUGUUUGCAAAUAUUAUUGCUGUUUAAACCCUGAUAGCCAAAACCUAACUCUAUAACAUCAAUAAUAAGGAAGCUAAUGUUAGGGAUUAAGAGAGUUUGGAGAUUAUGGUUGGCUUAGGACCAGCCUGUGUUUAUAUGCAACUUUAUACAUAGGAUAUGAUGAAUAGUAUAUGAAAAGAUUACAGUGCGUUUGGAAUGUUUUUGCUAUGCGCAUACAUAACUCCAUUCACUGCUUAUGCAGAUGAGCGAAUGCUGGGUUUUUUUUCAUUCUUUUAAUCGCACUACUCUCACAAGGGAUUUGCCACUGCUGAUUGUUGGGAGUCUCAGUAUAGAGCUCUAAUUUUUGGUAGGUUUCAUCGAUUAUAUUUUAUGACUGGCCACGUAAUAGCAUUUGCUGGUGCUGGCAGGCCACGUUGCACCAGAUGUCACGUAUACAAACGUUAUGAUGUCACUUCGCAUCAUGACAUCGUUGUUAGUACACGUACCCACUGUCGCAUACCUUUUUGUCUCCAAGACCGUCAUCUCUUAUUUAGCCUACUUUCAUCUAACUAAUUUGUUGUAAUAUUUUUUUACCCUUUUUUCUGGCAACAGAACUGACACCUUUUUACAGUCAGUUUUGUUGCCAGAAAAAAGGUUAAAAACCCUAUUAUAUUUUGCUACUGGCAAAGGAGGCCUCAAGAUAUAAUUUGUUGCAUCUUUGUCUCAGCGGGCCAUACCUCUUGGCGGGCCAUAGCUCUGCGGGCCACUCCCAAGAGCCUUUGUGGCCAAGCCCUGCUCCAGCUCCUCGCGGAUGAAGAAGCCAAUAGAGCUAUUGUAUGCGGUGCUACCAUAACAGUGAUGUAUCGCUAAGGAGAGUGAACUUGACUGGACCAAAGUGACAUGGUGGUGCAGGGCCCACCCCGGGACCCCCAAAUCGCUGGGUCUGUUUGUGGCCCACGUGUGUUCUGAAGGCCACCUGCUGUAGACCAUUUAUGCAGCAAAUUAAAAUGUACAUAACAAAUGCACAUGUCCAUCCGCACAGUAAAAAAAUGCAGUAUUGCCAUAAUGACGUUGUAAUUUGUAGUGGUCUUUAAUUGCUUUAUUAAGGAGGUGUAUUUCACAGUUCAUUUGUAUAAAUGUAGAGGCGAGUUAUGUGGCACUUACGUUACCGUUAGGCUUCUUUGUAUGUGUAAUGGUGUUACUUGAGUUUCACCUUGACUUAAUAAUGGGAUAUUUCACCUACGGUGUGUGUUUGAUGGUGAUGGAAUUCAAAUAAAGAUUAAUAUAAAAAUGUGAAUGCUCUUUGCACAUGCAACUUUGAUACAUGUGAAUAUUUCCUUUCAUAGGUACAUGUUUACACAAAAAAACUAUAAAUUAGUACACAGUAGUCUGUUAUAGGAUAAUUUGUAGUAUAUGGGUUAUUGAUGAGCUCACUUGACAGAAAUAAGCCCGUUCUUGGCAUUUAAAAAAUAUCAGAUUUGAAAGUAGCAUGUCAGAGCGGCCGUCAUUUUGCAAGGGGCCUGAGUAGUCUGUUACAAAUAUGAAUCGACUGAUUUAUUCUUAAUCCACGAAUCGUUCCGGCUUUUAACAAAACCGAUAGCAGCUUCUCAAGUUAUAAGACAUGUUUCCCCCUUUAUUUUAAAGCAAAAAUGCGCAGGUGAGUUAUAAACCCACUUUCUGGAAAAUGGCUAAAAAGUAAAAACGGACAGUCCCAAUUUACCAAAGAAGCUGUCCAGUUACAGAAGGGAUAGUCCAAUGACCUUUUAUUUACUUUUCAAAUUUGGUAUUUACAACAUCUUGUCCGAUACGUGUGUGUGUGACCAGAUUUGCAUCGCAUUGUGCAUUUUAAUUUUCGUAUCGCCUUAUACUAAUGGUGAAAAAUGUUUCAUUAGAGUAAUUCCAAAUUGUGUGUUUCUGAUACCCACCGUCUUAAAUGCUCCACAACGACACUAACGAUUCUAUCUAACAGAGAGGCAGGGGCAAGUGGCAUUUCAGAAUAUGGUUCAAGCAAGAUUGACAAAUGAGCAGUAAGUUAAAUAUACUGUUGAUGAGACACUAAAUGUCGAAGGCGGUCGAGCGUUUGCUUGUGUUGAACCAAUGCUGCUGAAAUAAUGCACUCCCAGGAGGGCGCGUGACUGAUGGGAUGUGUAGAAAUGAGUAAUAUUUUUUU